CACGAUGCAGUCCUCGAACGGCAGUUAGCAGCAGUUAAGUUGACUGUGAGAGGAGGGGCAAAAUUGCUCGGAUUGUAGAGUUCAGGGGCUUAAAUGCAUCAAUUAGAGUCUAGGGGCUUAAAAGCGAUUCUGGGGUUGGUUCAGGGGCUUAACUUAUGUAUCCCAAGCAAUAGAGCUUGUGUCUUAAGUCUAUCCUUGGACAGGGUUUUCUUCAGUUCACAUUUGCCAAGCAUCUUUCGUGAAAUUUCCAGCUAUUAUUUAUACAAGUUCUCUCCUCUUCGCCUUAGCCGACUCACUCUUGUAUCAUCUCACAGAAUUAGUUCUGCAAUUGAACUGAUUCGUUGCUACUUCCAAUGUUUUUGGCUUAGCUAAGUAAUUUGGUUAUCAAUCAGGAUCAAUCAGGGUUUGUGUCUUCUACAAUUUCUUCGGUGAAAUUUACAGGUAUAUCAUCUAGAUCUUCAAUCAUGAUUCAGUUAUGUUCUUUUUGAAAUAUAAAAUGAAAAUAUUUAAAUUUUCUUAUAGAUGCAUGCCUUUUUAACAAAGAAUCUUCCUUUUAGAUAGAAUAUUCAAUAGUUUUAUGGAUUUUUUUUUCAAAUUGUUUGCUUUUAUCGAAUUAAUUAGUAGCUACUUAGUUAAUAAUGUGAGAUUUUUUUUUUUUUGUACGUCUGGUAAACAUACAAGUGUCUCCAAGUGAUCUUUCUGAAUCAUCAUAUUUGUCUUCCAAGAAAUAUCCAUUGCAUCCCUCUGGUUACAGAUAACUAGGCAUGAAAUAUUUAAGCUAAGCGGUUGUUACUUUUAAUUUGGUUAUGGACAUCCAUUUCUUCAAUUUUGUCCACUAAACCUGCAGGCACACUAUUUAUCUUUUUCUUUAAUCUUGAUUAUCUUAUAAUCUUAUUGAUGUAUUAAGGUGGCGUAUCCAAAUUCAUCUCUUAACUAUAACUAUAGUUAACAAAUCCAGUUACCUUCAAUGCGAAAUGGAGACAAAUGAUUCUACUAAGUACUUGAAUGGGGCAAAUAACUAAAAGUUUAAUAUGUAACAUUAUACUAUGUUAUGACUCCGUUAAAGGCUUACUAAAUAUAUGUUGUUAAA